CAUAUAGGGUCUCGUCAUCUCAAACUCGACUUGUGAACCAUCUCACCUGGAUUUCUCUCUCUCUCUCUAGCUCUCUCGUCCACCUCACUCAUACUGGGAUAAAAUCACAGACAUCGCAGUCUGCAUGUCCAAUUGUCUCUGGACAAGAACCUCCGCGUUCAUGGUGACUUGCAGGGAUUGAAUUCCCAGUUCGCGUCUCUGCUGAUGAAGCCUCGACCCUCUUCCACUCCACGGCUCAAGCGAAGAUCGUGAUUUCGAUGCCCUUCUCUUUGCCCACCACGCGGCGCUCUGAAACCAACCGUCUUGUCUCGUCGCCAUUCGAGUUGAGCUAAAAAAGCCAGACCCGGAACCGAACUGAAGCCACCUUAGCUUUGUUUUGUGUAGAAUAAUUGGUUAACGAAUAUGGCGUCGGCAUUGGUCGCUGAUGACAUGGUGAGGUCGACGAGCAGCCGCCGGAGCUGGGCGUCGUCGAGCCGCCGGAGCCGGGGGUCUACGAGCUUCCGGGAGGCCUGGCAGAGCAAGCCGGACGUCUUCAGCAGGGGCGAGCCGCGGGAGGACGACGAGGAGGAGCUCCGGUGGGCUGCCAUCGAGCGGCUCCCGACGUACGACCGGCUGCGAAUGGGGAUGCUGAUGCAGGUCCUCGACGAUGGGAAAGUGGUCCACGGCCAGGUCGACGUGACCAAGCUUGGGAUGCAGGACAAGAAGCAGUUGAUGGACAACGUUCUCAAAGUGGUCGAGGAGGACAACGAGAAGUUCCUCAGGAGGCUCCGAGACAGGACCGACCGAGUUGGGAUCCAAAUUCCGAAGAUCCAAGUUCGAUAUGAGCAUUUGUCAGUCGAGGGUGAUGUGUAUGUUGGGAGCAGAGCACUUCCAACUCUGGUUAAUGCCACCAUGACUACUAUUGAGAGUGUUCUUGGAUUGAUUCGGCUGGCACCAUCCAAAAAGAGAAAGAUUCAGAUACUUCGGGAUGUUAGCGGCAUAGUUGAACCAUCGAGGAUGACGCUGCUUCUGGGGCCGCCGGGUGCAGGGAAGACGACACUAUUGCUAGCACUUGCCGGCAAGCCAGAGAAGGAUUUAAGGGUGAGUGGCAAAGUCACCUAUUGCGGUCAAGAGUUGGAUGAGUUUGUUCCUCAGAGGACGUGCGCGUACAUCAGUCAGCACGAUCUUCACUAUGGCGAGAUGACAGUGAGGGAGACAUUAGAUUUCUCAGGGCGUUGCCUGGGUGUAGGAACGAGAUACGAGAUGUUGACUGAGCUCUCGAGGAGAGAAAAGGAGGCGGGGAUAAAGCCGGAUCCUGAAAUUGAUGCGUUCAUGAAAGCCACGGCCGUGGCUGGCCAAGAAGCAAGUCUGGUCACUGAUUAUGUGAUCAAGAUACUCGGAUUGGAUAUUUGUGCGGACACUCUGGUGGGUGAUGAGAUGCGAAGGGGUAUAUCUGGGGGACAGAAGAAGCGUCUAACGACUGGGGAGAUGUUGGUAGGACCAGCAAAGGCCCUUUUCAUGGACGAAAUCUCAACGGGGUUGGAUAGUUCCACUACUUUUCAGAUUGUCAGAUACAUGAGGCAGAUGGUUCAUAUCAUGGAUGUCACCAUGGUCAUCUCCCUUCUGCAACCAGCUCCCGAGACUUUCGAUCUUUUUGACGACCUCAUCCUUCUUUCCGAGGGUCAAAUAGUCUAUCAAGGUCCACGAGAGAAAGUCCUUGAGUUCUUCGAGUACGUGGGUUUCAAGUGCCCUGAGAGGAAAGGAGUAGCUGACUUCUUGCAGGAAGUGACUUCCAAGAAGGACCAGGAACAGUACUGGUACAGGAAGGACCAACCUUACCAGUUUAUUUCCGUUCCGGGCUUUGUUCAUGCCUUCAACUCUUUUCACAUAGGAGAACAGCUCUCAUCCGAGCUUAAAGCUCCUUACAACAAGUCCAAAGCUCACCCAGCUGCAUUAGUGACAUCAAAGUAUGGACUCCCAAGCUGGGAACUGUUCAAGGCAUGCUUCGCCAGAGAGUGGCUGCUAACGAAGCGAAAUUCGUUCAUCUAUAUCUUUAAGACCACGCAAAUCACAAUCAUGUCACUAAUUGCCUUAACCGUGUUCCUAAGGGCAGAAAUGCCCGUCGGUAGAGUGGAAGAUGGAGGCAAGUUUAUGGGAGCACUGUUUUUCAGUUUAGUCAAUGUGAUGUUCAAUGGGAUGGCAGAACUCGCAAUGACUGUCUUCAGGCUUCCCGUUUUCUUUAAGCAGAGAGAUCUCUUGUUCUAUCCUGCUUGGGCAUUCGCUUUACCUAUUUGGGUCCUCAGGAUUCCCCUGUCUUUUCUUGAAUCGGGGAUAUGGAUCAUUCUCACUUACCACACUAUCGGAUUUGCCCCUGCUGCUAUUAGGUUCUUUCGACAAUUCUUGGCGUUCUUUGCUAUACACCAGACGGCAUUGUCCCUCUUUCGGUUCAUUGCUGCUGUUGGGAGAACGCAAGUUGUCGCUAAUACUGUCGGUACUUUUACCUUGUUGGUGGUUUUAGUGCUUGGAGGCUUCAUUGUUUCGAGAAAUGACAUUAAGCCAUGGAUGAUAUGGGGUUACUAUGUUUCCCCCAUGAUGUAUGGACAGAAUGCCAUAGUCAUGAAUGAAUUCCUUGAUAAAAGAUGGAGUGCGCCUAACUUGGAUCCUAGGAUCAAUGAACCGACGGUCGGCAAAGUCCUCCUCAAGUCUAGGGGCUUCUUUGUGGAUGAUUAUUGGUAUUGGAUCUGUAUUGGAGCGCUAUUUGGAUUUUCCCUCCUUUUCAACAUCUUAUUUAUUGCCGCGCUCACCUGGUUGAAUCCUUUGGGUGAUUCUAAAACUGUCGUGCCGGAUGAAGAUGAAGCUAAGAAGGCAAAGAGUGAUAAGCAGAAAACAGAAGGACUCGCUAUGGCAGUUAAAAGCACUUCAGAAUUUGUUGCUGACUCGGAGAAUGUGCUGCAAAGAGGAAUGGUCCUGCCCUUCCAACCCCUUUCCCUUGCAUUCAGUCAUGUGAAUUACUACGUCAAAAUGCCAGCUGAAAUGAAGAAACAAGGAAUCGAAGAAGAUCGUCUCCAGCUGCUGAGAGAUGUUAGUGGUGCUUUUAGGCCAGGCGUACUAACAGCAAUAGUAGGCGUUAGUGGCGCAGGCAAAACGACCCUAAUGGACGUCCUAGCAGGGAGAAAGACUGGUGGCUGCAUUGAAGGAAGUAUCAGCAUUUCGGGAUAUCCCAAAAACCAGGCCACAUUUGCUCGAGUCAGUGGUUACUGUGAGCAGAAUGACAUUCAUUCACCAAAUGUUACUGUUUAUGAAUCUGUCCUUUUCUCAGCUUGGCUUCGCCUAUCCUCAGAUAUCAGCACAGAGACACGUAAGAUGUUUGUUGAAGAAGUAAUGGAGCUGGUGGAACUGAACCCACUAAGUAAUGCACUGGUUGGGCUGCCGGGGGUCCAUGGUCUUUCAACAGAACAAAGAAAGAGGCUCACUAUAGCUGUAGAGCUAGUUGCCAACCCAUCUAUCAUCUUCAUGGAUGAACCUACCUCUGGCCUCGAUGCUAGAGCCGCUGCUAUUGUUAUGCGUACCGUGAGGAAUACAGUGGAUACAGGGAGGACUGUGGUGUGCACCAUUCACCAGCCGAGCAUCGAUAUAUUUGAAGCUUUUGAUGAGUUACUUUUAAUGAAAAGAGGAGGGCAAGUGAUUUAUGCCGGACCUCUUGGUCACCAUUCUCACAAGCUCAUAGAAUACUUUGAAGCUGUCCCGGGCGUUCCUAAGAUCAGGGACGGUUAUAAUCCUGCCACUUGGAUGCUCGAAAUCACUGCUCUACAAGUCGAGGCUCAACUAGGAAUGGAUUUUGCAGGAAUCUACUCAAACUCCUCGCUUUAUCAGAGGAAUCAGGAACUCAUUAAAGAAUUGAGCACCCCGGUCCCAGGCUCCAAAGAUCUCUACUUCCCCACCAAAUACUCGCAACCUUUUCUCACGCAGUGCAAAGCUUGUUUCUGGAAGCAACACUGGUCUUACUGGAGAAACCCUCAGUACAAUGCCCUGCGGUUCUUCAUGACCAUAGUAAUCGGCGUUUUGUUUGGCCUCAUAUUCUGGAACAAGGGGCAACAAAUAACUCAACUGCAAGAUGUGAUGAAUCUUUUGGGGGCACUGUAUGCUGCCAUUAUUUUUCUCGGAGCAUCCAACGCUACUAAUGUUCAGCCAGUUGUUGCUAUCGAGAGAACAGUUUUUUACCGGGAAAGGGCAGCUGGAAUGUACUCUGAACUGCCUUAUGCAUUUGCCCAGGUGGCGAUCGAAACAAUAUAUGUCGCAAUUCAGGCUGUUGUUUACACUCUGCUCCUUUACUCCAUGAUCGGGUUUGAGUGGCGGGCAGGAAAAUUCUUGUGGUUCUACUACUACAUACUAAUGUGCUUCGUCUACUUCACUAUGUUUGGCAUGAUGUCUGUGGCGCUUACUCCAGGGCAUCAAAUUGCAGCCAUUGCCUUGUCUUUCUUCCUGAGUUUCUGGAACUUGUUCUCUGGUUUUCUCAUUCCUAGGCCGCAAAUCCCUGUCUGGUGGAGGUGGUAUUACUGGGCCUGUCCGGUGGCUUGGACCCUCUACGGCCUCGUGACCUCUCAACUGGGAGACAAGGAUUCCAAACUCAUGAUCCCGGGAGCCGUGGACAUGAAUUUGAAGGUGCUCUUGAAAGACAAACUCGGUUUCGACCACGACUUCCUUCCAGCUGUAGCGGUUGCUCACAUCUUUUGGGUCCUCCUCUCCUUCUUCGUCUUUGCAUAUGGGAUCAAGUUCCUCAAUUUCCAAAGAAGGUAGAGCCUUUUUUGAGCUGUAUUGAAGUUGUCUAGGAGAACAUUAUUAAUGCAGCAGAGUCUUGUGUGGGUUCAAAGUAUCCGGCA